GGAUUUUCUUUUGUUUCUGAAACUCGACUAAGUGGGAUUCAGAUUUUAACGAUGCUAUUUAAAUACAUCCAAUAACAAAUUAUUAUUUUUCCCAUAUUUUCGCACUUUUCAGAUAUGUGCGCCUCUACUAUGAUUAUUACCGUAGCUUGAUGUGGUAGGUGCCCCUCUUUCAGUGCCAUUACGGUAAGAACAGCCGCAGUCAUUCUCUCCUGUUUAUUCCUGAGCUCUGCAGCAACGCAGCUCCGCACAGAUUUCAACCUUUUUUUUUUAUACCUGCAACCAACGCUACUAUUUGCUGCUCGGAUUUCCAGCGCACAGGUCCUGUGCGUUAAAAGAAAGAAGCAGCCGGGCCUGACUCUGCUCCAGGAUAAUAUUCAGAUUUUUACACGUCAUUACCUGCGGAACUGAAAACCUAGACGCCUGGGUUCAUGCCGGAUUUCGAGCACUUCAGAUUUUCCUAUUCGAGCAUGAAUCCGGUCCUGGGGGAGAGCGGCUUCCUCGCCCCGCAGCAGCAGCAUCAUCAGCAUCAGCACCACCACCACCACCACCAGAUGACGGGCCAGACCGACUCCGCCAUCCCGGAACCGGGCUACUUCCUCGGUGACCACGGCGGAUUCGGAGCCGAUGGGCUGUCCGGAUUGGACCUGGGCUCGCUGCCCCCGUCGGGCCUCGCCUACCUGCACCGGGUUCCCCCCGCGGCCACGGCGCUGCGCAACGACCUGGGCUCCAACAUCAGCGUGCUGAAGACCCUGAACCUGCGCUUCCGCUGCUUCUUGGCCAAAGUGCACGAGUUGGAGCGAAGGAACAAGGUUCUGGAGAAGCAGCUGCAGCAGGCGUUAGAGGAGAACAGCGGGGACGGACACCAGAAGCCCCUGACCAAAGACAUGGGGGUCCAGACCGGAUUCAUCGGGCCGAUCAUACCCACCAGACCGGGCCUCAUCCCCCUGCAGAACGCCAACAACUCUGCCUACCUGCCCGGGGGCCUCCUCUCCCCCACCCUGAACCCCCCUCCUCUCUUUGACAACAAGCACCUGGAUUCAAACUCCAACCCGACCACCAGCCCGGCUCUGAGCCCCAUCGACCCGUCCAGAACCAUCACCACCAUCACCAACAACAUCAACGAGAGGUACACGUCCCACGCGGGGACAAACACCAACGGCACGUCGCCCCAACCUCCUCCUCCACCUCCUCCUCCUCCUCCUCCUCCUCCUGCUGCUCCUCCACGGUUCCUCCCGGGCACCAUCUGGUCCUUCAACCACACCCGCCGGUUCGGCGCCGGGAGGGAGACGUACGCGACGGGACCUGGGGUCUCGUGGACCCACCCGGACGGCGUCGGGGUCCAGAUCGACACCAUCACCCCGGAGAUCAGGGCCCUGUACAACGUUCUGGCCAAGGUGAAGAGGGAGAGGGACGAAUACAAGAGAAGGUGGGAGGAGGAGUACACGGCCAGGAUGGAGCUGCAGGAGAAGGUGUCAGAGCUGGAGGAGGAGCUCCAGGAGAGCGAGCUUUGCCAGGACGAGUUGUCUCUGAGGGUGAAGCAGCUGAAGGCUGAGCUGGUUCUCUUCAAAGGACUCGUCAGUAACAACCGGUCUGAGCUGGACACUAAGAUCCAGGAGAAGGCCAUGAAGGUGGACAUGGACAUCUGCCGCCGCAUCGACAUCACCGCCCGUCUCUGCGACGUCGCCCAGCAGAGGAACUGUGAGGACAUGAGCCACAUCUUCCAGCAGGUGCCGACUCCGCCCUCCACCCUGAGCCGCCGGACCAGGAAGCACAGCGGCCAAUCACAGAAGAGCGGCGACGGGGACGAAGCCAGCGUGUCGGAGGGCGAGGGGGGCGGAGCCAGAGACGAGGACUCGUGCAGCACAUCGGCCAAUCAGAUCAACGAGCAGAUGCAGCGGGUCCUCAACCAGCUGGAGUGUGAGUUUGAGGACGACUGUGACAGUUUGGCCUGGGAGGAGACGGAGGAGACUCUGCUGCUGUGGGAGGAUUUUCCUGGAUAUUCACUGGGGGUGGAAACACAAGUCGAGCUGCAGGAUGAAUCCAUCGAGACCGUGAUCAAAGACACAGAGAGUCUGUUCAAGACCAGAGAGAAGGAAUAUCAGGAAACCAUCGACCAGAUAGAGCUGGAACUGGCCACGGCCAAGAGCGACAUGAACCGACACCUGCACGAGUACAUGGAGAUGUGCUCCAUGAAGAGAGGCCUGGACGUCCAGAUGGAGACAUGCAGGAGACUCAUCACCCAGACGGGAGACAGCUCUGAGUCUCCGUCCUCUUCCAGGAAGUCCAGCUCCCUCGUCCCUCUGACCGUGGACGAGUCUGACGGGGACGAGAAGGAGAAGAAGUCGUCUCCUCCUGUCGACUCUGAGGGCGGAGAUUCCUGCUGCGACAUCAACGCUGCCAUUCCUCCUCUGUCCUGGAGGAAACCCUGACACAUACAAAUCCACACAGACGCACCGAGGUUUAAGUCUUCCAUGAAUCAUUUAAGUCUUAAAUGUGGUCACGUCUCUGAAGAUCAAACUAAAUUCUACUGUUGUAGUUUUUCUUGAGAGACGACAUGAACACUAUGUGUGAAACUAAGGAGGAAACGCACAAAGAAAACGGUUUGCACAUUAUUUACUUAUGAAACCUUUAUUUUUAUUACGUCCAGUUGUUUGCACAUUUAAAAACGUUAAUUAAUGAACCUAUAAAAGUCCAACUUGCCUUAAACUGAGAUCAAACAUUUAAUAGUUUAUUGAGAGAAAGUGAAUGAGUCAAAAAUAAACUUUAAACGACACAAUUAUCGAUCAAAUGAACAUUAUUGAACUACAAUGGACUGUAGAUUCUGAUUCUGCUUAGUGAAAUAUCAUUUUAUGGGUAAUUUAGAUUAAAAAUAAAAAAUAACAACAGAUAAAGUGGAACAACAUCUAACUUUAUACUAAUCUAUUUUAUUUCACCUGCCAGAUUUAAAGAAAUUUUGCUGUAAGAUACUUUUGUCUCAUAUCGAUGAGUAAAGUUAAGCCCUUUAAUCUUUAGUGACAUUAUUUGCUAAAAUACGUGGGGACGAGAACCUGAAUAUUUAUUUUUUUAGCUAAAGAGGAAUAAACACGACGAGCCAGCCUCCACGUUUAGUGGAAGUCAAUAGAUCCAGAGAGCAUUUUAUUUUAGAGAAGUAAAAAGCUAUUUUAUUUGUGUAAAUUGUACAGUUUGUAAAGACUAAACUCUGUAUGUAAUGUACAUAAUAAUAGUGAUGUUAACCUGCUGCUUCAAGCUUCACAUCCUACGAUGUGAAUUUAGCUGUAAUUAAUGCAGUUUAACCUUUUAUUCGUUUAUUUGUUAGUCGCGCUGUAGCACAUGAAGAAAUAAGAGCAAACACAUCUGCAGAAACGAAACUUUAAACCGAAUUCACGUACAAAUGUUUGAUCAAACUUGAUUUUAAAUCCAUCUGCUUGUUAAUAACCUGCUGAGUUCAUCACAGAAACACUGACAACGUUAAAGGAACAUUUUCACUUUUAGUCCUGAGCUCAUUUCAUUUCAGACUAAAAUAACUCAAGAACAUUUUUAUUUACGCUUUCUCGGUUUUAGAAAUGGACUAAAAGCUGAAAAUUGUUCCUUUAAUGUCAAAUCAGAUGCAAACAUCCCAGACUGCUUCAAUAUUUAUCCUGAACCACGACAACCUGAGGAGAGAGGACGGAAGUGUGGAUCAAAUUAAAGACGAUUAAUGAAGAAUUAAAAUGAAACGGAAGAAUGAAGACGACACUGGAGGAACAAAAAAAAGUGUUUGUGUACGAGAUGAAUGUCUGAAAAAUGUUAUGAUGCAAAAUAUUGACUGAAUAAAAGAUGGUGAAAGAC